CUUUCUGUCAGUUCCCAUACACGUUUUCAAUUGUCCUUAAAAUAGCGGCUCUAGUUUUUCUUGGAAAUUUGGUGAUAAUAUUUACUUAAAAUUUAAAUUCAUUGCAAUUUUGUCAGGACAUUGCCCCUAACAAUGGCAACGAAACUUAUUUCGAGUUAUAACGAUCCAGCUAUUGGUGGAUUAAUUGUUGCGGAACUGAUUAAGGAUACGAAUCCAAUUGAGAUUGGCUGGGGGAACGAAACUUCAAUUUCGUUUACUAAUCGCACUCUCAUUUCCGUAACCAACAAUGAUAUUUUGCGUGCAUUGUCUCGCGAUGCACCCAAGUAUCAACUUUAUGGUAAAACGCCGAUUGAACGCACUCAAAUUGAUCAUUGGCUGACAUACACUCUGUCGUUCGAAAAAAAUGCUGUAGAUGAAUUGAACUAUCUCAACAAAUGUCUCGCCCCGCUUACGUAUUUAGUUGCGAAUCAUUUAACAAUUGCCGACCUAGCGGUGUUCAAUGAGUUAUUUAACAGCUACGAUGAGUUGAGGGCUAUCGGAAUUCCGGUGCAUGUUCAGCGAUGGUAUGACUUACUCUCUGCUCAGUUGCCCUGCAAAACAGUGCUUCAAAAUCUUCCGAAAGUGGCAAAAGUCGUUAAAAGAAUGAUUCGGGCUGGAAGUGCUGAGAAAAGCAACGAAAGAAAACAAGAAGGAAAGUUUGAGGAACUUCCAGGAGCCGAGAUGGGAAAAGUCGUCGUUCGCUUUCCACCUGAAGCGUCUGGCUAUCUUCAUAUAGGACAUGCAAAGGCAGCAUUGCUAAACCAGCAUUAUCAAAAAGCGUUCCAAGGCAAGCUGAUAAUGAGAUUCGACGACACAAAUCCUGCGAAGGAAAAUGUCCAUUUUGAAAAAGUAAUUUUGGAAGAUUUAGAGAUGUUACAAAUCAAACCGGAUUUAUUCACACAUACAUCACAGUAUUUCGAUUUGAUGUUGGACUAUUGUGAACAAUUAAUGAAACAAGGGAAAGCUUACGUUGAUGACACCGAACCAGAAGUAAUGAAGAAAGAGCGAGAAGAAAGGAUAGAAUCGAAAAACCGAAACAAUUCGGUUGAAAAGAACCUACAAAUGUGGAAGGAAAUGCUGGAAGGUACGGAAUUUGGUCAAAAACGAUGUGUUCGCGCCAAAAUCGACAUGUCUUCACCGAAUGGAUGUAUGCGAGAUCCGACCAUUUACCGAUGUAAAAAUGAACCACAUCCUCGCACUGGAACCCAAUACAAAGUUUAUCCAACUUAUGAUUUUGCUUGUCCCAUUGUCGAUGCUAUUGAGAAUGUUACUCACACGCUGAGAACGAUGGAAUAUCACGAUCGAGAUGACCAGUUCUAUUGGUUCAUUGAGGCGCUUGGAUUGCGCCGUCCGUAUAUCUGGGAGUAUAGUAGACUAAAUAUGACCAAUACUGUGCUCUCAAAGCGAAAACUGACUUGGUUCGUGGAACAGGGGCUUGUCGAUGGAUGGGACGAUCCAAGAUUCCCUACGGUGAGGGGGAUUCUUCGCCGAGGAAUGACCGUUGAAGGAUUGAGAGAGUUCAUCAUAGCCCAAGGAUCCAGCAAAUCGGUAGUUUUCAUGGAAUGGGAUAAAAUUUGGGCAUUCAACAAGAAGGUUAUCGAUCCAAUAGCCCCGCGUUAUACAGCUUUAGAAAACGAAAAUCGCGUGGUCGUGAAUAUUUCAGGGGCCAAACUAGAAGCUGUGCAAGUACCAGUACAUCCGAAAAAUAGCGAAAUCGGUAUGAAAACAGUAUGGCUCGGUCCGAGAGUGUUAAUUGACUAUGUCGAUGCAAUUGAAUUGAGGGAAGGCACAAAUGCUACGUUUAUAAAUUGGGGUAAUAUCAUGAUAAAGAAAAUCCAAAAGGAUGCAGUCGGUAGAAUUACGUCCAUCGACGCUGAAUUGAAUCUGGAGAACAAAGAUUUCAAAAAAACAUUGAAAUUGACCUGGCUUUGUGAGCAAGAGGCCACGGCGUAUCCUCCAACAUAUUGCGUAUACUUCGAGCAUAUCAUUAGCAAGCCGGUGUUGGGCAAAGAUGAAGAUUUCAAAACUUACAUAGGACAUCAGACAAGGACGGAGGUACCUAUGUUCGGUGAUCCAGAGUUGAAAAGUCUAAAGAAGGGCGACAUCAUACAACUGCAGCGCCGUGGAUUUUUUAAGGUAGACCAAGCAUACAAACCAGCCAGUGAAUUCAGUUCUGUCGAAACGCCCGUUGUGCUGUUUUCUAUCCCUGAUGGGCAUGCAAAGGAAUUGCCUACCGCCGGUGUCCCGAAGAAAAAAUCCGCUGAAGCAACAAAGCAGCAGAUCACUGCAACGAAUGUGGUGACGGUGAAAGUGCAACCUGUUUCAUUAACUUCCGACCAAAUAAAUAAUUCAAUAGCCCAACAGGGUGAUAAAGUAAGAAAGCUCAAAGCUGACAAGGCUUCCAAACAGGACAUUGAUGUUGCUGUGAAAACGCUUCUGGAUCUGAAGAAACAUUUCAAGGAAGCGACUGGUCAAGAAUGGAAACCGGAAGUAAUCGCUGCUACUAGUAUUGUUCCUGCAACAGCACAAAACGAUCAUUCGUCCGCAGAACAAAUUAAUGUCAAAAUUGUUGAGCAAGGUAACACCGUACGUGAUUUGAAGGCCAAAAAAGCACCUAAGCCAGAUGUAGAUGCUGCAGUCAAGACACUGCUAAAUUUGAAGGCAGAGUAUAAGUCUAUCACCGGCCGUGAUUGGAAGCCCGCGGUUGCUCCAGUGAAUGUAGUCUCGGUUGAAAACGAUACGAAAUCCAUCAGCCCAAGCUCCGCUGAAUCAAUUAAUGAUAAAAUUAUAAAGCAGGGGGAUAACGUCCGAGUUCUAAAAUCAAAUAAAGCACCAAAACAGGAGAUCGAAGCACAGAUUAAAGUUUUAUUGGAUCUAAAAUCAGAAUAUAAAUCAGCCACGGGACAAGAUUGGAAACCUGGUUGUAUUCCUCCAACAGCAACAAAACCUCCGAAGGAAUCCAACACUUCGGAGACUAAAGAGUCCGAAAUUUUGAAGCAAAUUGCAGCACAAGGAGAUAACGUACGCACACUCAAAACCAAUAAAGCUGAAAAAUCCGUUGUCGAGGCCGCAGUGAAGAUUUUACUGCAGUUGAAGGCUGAUUAUAAAAUACUGACUGGUAAGGAGUGGAAACCAGGUACUGUGACAACAUCGUCGAUUUCUAAAUCUGACAAGGAAAACAUGGCACCGUUGCCAAAUGAAGCCAGAUCCACUUCAGAGAAAGAUGCAUUAGUAGUUGAAGUGAAUGCUCAAGGUGAUGUGGUAAGAAACAUGAAGCAAUCUGGCGCUCCUAAAGAGCAAGUUGAUGCUGCAGUAAAAAAAUUGCUCGAGUUGAAAGAAAAAUACAAGAAACUUACUGGAACAGAUUUCCCUGUUGCUGGACGUGCUUCUAAGCAAACUGUUGCUAAGAAAGAGAAUAAAAAGGAAGAAAAACCCAAAUCGAAACAAGAAACGCUGAAACCGAAGGAUGAUGGAGCUAAAAAACAAACACGUCUUGGCUUGGAGGCUACAAAGGAGGAUAAUCUACCUGAGUGGUACUCACAGGUUAUAACAAAGGGGGAAAUGAUCGAGUAUUACGAUGUAUCUGGGUGCUACAUAUUGCGCCAUUGGUCUUUUGCCAUCUGGAAAGCCAUCAAAACGUGGUUCGAUGCGGAAAUCACUCGGAUGGGCGUGAAGGAAUGCUACUUCCCUAUUUUUGUAUCACGAGCCGCUCUAGAACGCGAAAAGGCACAUAUAGCAGAUUUCGCUCCCGAAGUUGCGUGGGUUACAAAAAGUGGAGAAUCUGAUCUAGCCGAACCCAUCGCUGUGCGCCCAACGUCGGAAACCGUUAUGUAUCCAGCGUACGCGAAGUGGAUUCAGUCCUACCGAGACUUGCCAAUACGUUUGAACCAGUGGAAUAAUGUUGUGAGAUGGGAGUUCAAACAUCCACAACCGUUUUUGCGUACGCGUGAAUUUUUGUGGCAGGAAGGUCACACAGCAUUUGCCAGUCAGCCUGAGGCGGAAGAGGAAGUCUUACAAAUUUUAGAUUUAUAUGCUAAGGUUUACACCGAUUUGCUGGCGAUCCCGGUCGUGAAGGGUCGCAAAACCGAGAAAGAAAAAUUUGCUGGUGGAGAUUACACUACAACCGUGGAGGCUUAUAUUUCGGCAUCAGGUCGGGCAAUUCAGGGUGCCACAAGCCAUCAUUUGGGUCAAAACUUUUCCAAAAUGUUUGACAUCGUCUACGAACAUCCGGAAACGAAGGAGAAGGAAUAUAUUUAUCAGAACUCAUGGGGUAUGACUACUCGAACCAUUGGCGUAAUGAUCAUGGUACAUGCUGACAAUCAAGGUUUAGUGCUUCCACCGCAUGUCGCUUGCGUUCAGACUAUUAUUGUACCUUGCGGUAUUACCGCUAACACCACCGAUGAUGAGAGGAAAACGUUGUACGCUAACUGCAAAGAACUGGAGAAAGGGUUGCUGAAUGAUGGAAUUCGAUGUGAAGGGGACUAUCGAGAUAACUACUCUCCAGGUUGGAAGUACAAUCAUUGGGAGCUGAAGGGUGUACCAAUUCGUAUCGAACUCGGAUUUAAAGAUCUGAAAAAUAAUCAAUUUGUGGCGGUUCGUCGAGACACUGGUGAAAAGAUAGUUGUAAAACGAGAGAGAUCCUCAGAUGACAUCAAAUCUUUGCUGGAAACCAUCCAUGAAAGCAUGUAUAACCGGGCGGAAAAAGAUUUGAAUGACCACAUAAAGGUAACUAAAAACUGGGAUGAGUUCAUUCUCUUUUUGGAUUCCAAGAAUAUUAUCAUGGCACCAUUCUGUGGAGAGAUUCCCUGUGAGGAUAAAAUAAAAGCCGAGAGUGCCCGUGAGGAUGCAGAAACCGAGCCAGGAGCACCAGCAAUGGGAGCCAAAUCAUUGUGUAUCCCAUUCGUGCAACCCGCCCCAAUUUUGAAUGAAGAUAAGUGUGUGCAUCCCGCUUGUGGUAAGAAAGCUAAAUUCUACACUCUUUUUGGUAGAAGUUAUUAAAGGAAUACUUAGGGUGAAUGAAAUCAAACAUCUCCCAAUAAUUAUUUAUUCAAACUUGUUUGUUGGUGUUAAAUUUAUAAUUUUCUAUUGAUGUCUGCGUAGUCAUAAACUUUACUGCCUACUAUUGCUUAAUUUCAAAUUAAAGCAAAACAAGACUCUUAAAAAGCUUGUUCUCUACAAUAUAGAAA